AGCCGUGACGCGCCCCCAUAAAUCUGCCCUGCCGGGGGCUGCGCGGAGAACUCUUACAGUAGCGGCGGCAGACCAGCGCGCGCCUCCCCGUCCGGCGCCCAUUUGCAUAAUUGGAUUUUUUUUUCCUCCUUCCUCCCUGAAACUUGUUUGAAAACCCAACUGAAAACCGCGACGACCUGCACGUUCAAAAGCGAGUGCCAAUUCCUGCCCACCUUGGCUUUAAGAAGACACUUCAGCCGGGAGGGAGAUCCGUGGCUCUAACACUCGCCCGGGAACUGGGACACCCCUCUGGCAAUCUGUCAGUGCCUGCAUCAGCUGCAUCCUUUCUGGGGUAUUUUCUCACCACACUGACAUUCCUUAAGACAAGCAUGCAGUUAAGCUGCUAAGGGAUGGAAGAAGCCAGCCUGUGCCUCGGAGUGUCCCCGGGGGCGCCGGAAGCUGAGCCCCACCUGAGCGGCCCGGUCCUCAACGGCCAGUAUGCCAUGAGUCAGAAGCUGCACCAGAUCACCUCCCAGCUCAGCCAUGCGUUCCCCGAGCUGCAUCCCCGGCCCAACCCCGACGACAAGAGCCCCGCGCCCAUGGACGACAAGGCCCACGUGCCCCUGAGCGGCCAGCCCAUGGGCAGCCAGAUGGCACUCCUGGCGAACCAGCUGGGCCGGGACGUGGACACCAGCCUCAACGGGCGGGUGGACCUGCAGCAGUUCCUCAACGGGCAGAACCUGGGCAUCAUGUCGCAGAUGAGCGACAUCGAGGACGACGCCCGCAAAAACCGCAAGUACCCGUGUCCGCUCUGCGGCAAGCGCUUCCGCUUCAACAGCAUCCUCUCGCUGCACAUGCGCACUCACACCGGGGAGAAGCCCUUCAAGUGCCCCUACUGCGACCACCGCGCGGCGCAGAAGGGCAACCUCAAGAUUCACCUGCGGACCCACAAGCUGGGGAACCUGGGCAAGGGGCGCGGGCGCGUGCGCGAGGAGAACCGCCUGCUGCACGAGCUGGAGGAGAGGGCCAUCCUGCGGGACAAGCAGAUGAAGAGCAGCCUGCUGCAGCCUAGGCCGGACCUGAAGCCCCUGCAGCACGGCCAGCAGGCCCCGCUGGCCGCCUGCAACCUGGCCCUGCCCGCCAACCACAGCGUGCCCGACGUGGCCAACCCCGUGCCGUCGCCCAAGCCGGCCACCGUGCAGGAGGAGGCCGUGGCCCCGGCCGCCGGCUUCCGCUGCACCUUCUGCAAGGGCAAGUUCAAGAAGCGGGAGGAGCUGGACCGCCACAUCCGCAUCCUGCACAAGCCCUACAAGUGCACGCUGUGCGACUUUGCCGCCUCGCAGGAGGAGGAGCUCAUCAGCCACGUGGAGAAGGCGCACAUCACCGCCGAGUCCGCGCAGGGCCAGGGCGCCCAGGGCGGGGGCGAGCAGGCGGCCAACGAGUUCCGCUGCGAGGUGUGCGGCCAGGUGUUCAGCCAGGCCUGGUUCCUGAAGGGCCACAUGCGGAAGCACAAGGACUCCUUCGAGCACUGCUGCCAGAUCUGUGGCCGGCGCUUCAAGGAGCCCUGGUUCCUGAAGAACCACAUGAAGGUGCACCUCAACAAGCUGUCGGUGAAGAACAAGUCCCCCAGCGACCCCGAGGUGCCCGUGCCCAUGGGCGGCAUGUCCCAGGAGGCCCACGCCAACCUGUACUCCAGGUACCUCUCCUGCCUGCAGAGCGGCUUCCUGGCGCCUGACAAAGCCAGCCUGAGCGAGCCCGGCCAGCUCUACAGCAAAGGGGAGCUGCCCCCCAAGGAGAAGGAGGUCCUGGGCAAGCUGCUGUCCCCCAUCUCCAGCAUGGCCCACGGCGUCCCCGAGGGCGACAAGCACUCCCUCCUGGGGUGCCUCAACCUCGUGCCCCCCCUGAAAUCCAGCUGCAUCGAGCGCUUGCAGGCGGCGGCCAAAGCCGCGGAGAUGGACCCGGUGAACAGCUGCCAGGCCUGGCAGCUCAUGGCCAGGGGCAUGGUCAUGGAACGUGGCUUCUUGUCGAAAGAGCCCCAGCUCCAGCGCAGCCACGAAGACACCUUGGCAAACGCCGGCGUUCUGUUUGAUAAGGAGAAGCGGGAGUAUGUGCUACUGGGAGCAGAUGGCGCCAAGCAGAAAAUGCCUGCCGACUUGGUUCACAGCGCUAAAGUGGGCAAUCAGAGAGACCUGCCAAGUAAGCUCGACCCUUUAGAAGGCAGUCGGGAGUUCCUGUCACAUGGGCUGAACCAGGCGCUCGAGUACAACCUGCCCGGGCCUGGGAACCUGAAGGAGAAGCCCACCGAGUGCCCGGACUGCGGCCGCGUGUUCCGCACCUACCACCAGGUGGUCGUGCACUCCCGUGUCCACAAGCGGGACCGCAAGGGCGACGAGGACGGGCUGCACGUGGGCCUGGACGAGCGGCGCGGCUCUGGCAGUGACCAGGAGUCCCAGUCGGUCAGCCGCUCCACCACCCCGGGCUCCUCCAACGUCACCGAGGAGAGUGGGGUCGGAGGCGGGCUCUCCCAGACCGGGAGCGCCCAGGAGGACAGCCCGCACCCCUCCUCGCCUUCCUCCUCAGACAUUGGCGAGGAGGCUGGGAGAGCUGCCGGCGUCCAGCAGCCCGCGCUGCUUCGCGACAGGAGCCUGGGCUCGGCCAUGAAGGACUGCCCCUACUGUGGGAAAACCUUCCGGACAUCCCAUCACCUAAAGGUCCACCUGAGGAUACACACAGUGUGUGUCCACACCAUAACCAGCGGGAGGAAAGGAAGUGACUUGUGCCCACAAGGUGAGAAACCGUACAAAUGUCCCCACUGUGAUUACGCGGGAACGCAGUCCGCGUCCUUAAAGUACCACCUGGAGCGGCAUCACCGCGAACGCCAGAACGGGGCCGGGCCGCUGUCGGGACAGCCCCCUGCGCAAGACCCCCGGGAGGAAGUGCCCGGCAAGGCUGCCUUGUUCAUCAGGCCCGACAUCCUGAGGGGGGCCUUUAAGGGGCUCCCCGGAAUUGACUUCAGAGGCGGCCCCGCCUCCCAGCAGUGGACAUCGGGCGUGCUCUCGUCCGGAGAUCCCUCGGGGCAGGCCACCGCCGGGUCUUCCGAGGCUCCCUCGGACACUCUGAAGGGCGCCGACCUUCUGUCCAAGAGCACCCACUUCUCAGAGAUUGGCCGGGCCUAUCAGAGCAUCGUGAGCAACGGCGUGCAUUUUCAAGGGUCCUUGCAGGCUUUCAUGGACAGCUUCGUCCUCAGUUCCCUGAAGAAGGAGAAGGAUGGGAAGGACAAAGGCCUGGCUGAUGCUCCUUCCAUGAAGGUCCACGGGGUGGACGGGAGCGAGGAGAAGGCGGGCACGAAAGGGGCCCCACGGAAGUCGGAGAAGGCGCAGUACGAGCCCCUGGACUUGUCCGUGCGGCCGGACGCCGCCUCGCUGCCCGGCUCGUCGGUGACCGUGCGGGACAGCAUCGCCUGGCACGGCUGCCUCUUCUGUGCUUUCACCACUUCGUCCAUGGAGCUGAUGGCGCUUCACCUGCAGGCCAACCACCUAGGCAAAGCCAAGCGCAAAGACAGUGCCGUCGGGGGGACCGGCAACUGCAAAGACCAAGUCCGGGAGGCCAGCAAGAUGGCCCUGCUGCCCUCAGCACAAGCGAAUAAGGAGCUGGGUCUCCCCAGUGUCAUCGGGCCGCUGGACCCCACGUCUGAGAAGCUCGCCCAAGGGCAGGUCAAGGAGACUCUGGGGGAGCAGAAGGGUGGCCCGUGGCCCGCCAACGUGGACCCUACCUUUUGCAACUUCUCUUCAGACUUCUACAAGCAGUUCGGUGCUUACCCAGGUGUGGUGGGUGCAGGCGUGUCCAGCUCCUGCACCAACAAGGAGCCCGACGGCAAGGCGCUCUCGGAAGACGACGCCCCCAUCCUGAUCCCCGAAACCACCACCAAGAACACUACUGAUGACCUCUCCGACAUCGCCUCCUCCGAGGACAUGGACUCCUCGAAGGAGGAGAACAACGACGACGAGGAUAUUGAAACGGAGCCGGAGAUGAGGAGCAAACCGCAGCCUACUCUCAGCAAGGACGCUGGCGCCUGUGACGGCGGGGACAGCCUGCUGCCCGCGGGCACCCCUCAGCCCCUGCACGGACUCGGCUCACCUGUACCCCCGGCGUCGGAGAAGCAGUGGCACAGCCAGGGCCUUCUUUCAGCCCAGGACCCCGCGGCGGGCCUCCCCAAGCCGGAGCGGGGGCCCCAGGGCCUGGAGAAGCCGGUGAACAUGCUGUCGGUCCUCAGGGCCUACAGUUCUGAUGGCUUAGCAGCCUUUAAUGGAUUGGCAAGUAGCGCAGCAAAUUCUGGAUGUAUCAAGAGGCCAGACUUGUGUGGUCACCGGCCUUUCCAGUGCCGCUACUGUCCCUACAGUGCCUCUCAGAAGGGGAAUCUCAAGACUCACGUUCUGUGUGUCCAUCGCAUGCCUUUUGACAACAGCCAGUAUCCCGACCGCAGGUUCAAGCGCUCCAGAGUCGACUCGGAGGCUUCUGGGAAUUUCGAAGACUCCACAGCUGUCAAGGCGGGGAGCUCAGUGGAGCUGGAGGAGGGCGGCAACCCCCAAGAGGAGCGCAACUGAGGAGUCCAGCUGCCCAGGGCAAUAGCCUAGUUCGUGGUUUGCAGAUGAUGCUACCUGCAUCAUCAAGGAGUUUGCUAACUGCAUUCUAAGGGGAGGGGGCAUGUACAACGCCCCCCGCCACUAGUGUAUAGAACAUUUAAAAAAUUUUAAAAGAUAUCUAUAUAUGUAUAUAUUUAAAAAAAAAAAAAAACAAAAUCCCAGCCCUCGAAAAUGGCUGCUAAACUGUUACCCGGCAACAGGUACUUCCAAACAAUGCAGGUGGGAGAAAAGGGAUUUCAAAAAAAACCGCUCCUGUCCUCCAGCUCUGAGGAGCUGGGGCCCCCUCUAAAGUGGUCUUUGUCCCCAGAUCAUGCUCUGUACUGAAAAACAAUACCCUCGAAAUGAUUGAGGGCUGCCUUGAAGAUGGAGGGGCGUGUUUUCAUUGUUGAAAACACCUCGAGAACCUGACACCGGCCUUUGUCAUUGGUCUCACACCCUGAUGAGCCUCGGGGAGCAGCCCUGGAGGUGCCAGUCAGGCUGGAGGGUCACUGCAGAGAAAAUCAAUCCCGCGUGUGGUAACUGCACUCGGAGCAACCUUCCCGGCUCUACUGCGCCAGGGCUGCCGCCCUGCGGUCUUGUCAUCUUCCCUGGGCAUUUUGAAAAAAACACACAGCCUAAUGAAUCAAUGGUCAGGAAGUGUCUGCAGACAAUGCCCGUUGCAGGUUUGAUGAGUAAUUCCUUUUUUUUUUAGAUCAAAUUGCAAUAUUGAGGGAAA